CUUAUAUUACAUUUAUCUGUGGAUAAAGUAGUUUGUAGUCUUAAGAAUAAUUUGGAGCUUACAAAAGUGGAAAUGAAGUUAACGUUUGCAUUACUACUAUUGCCUUUACUGGCAAUAGCAGAGGAUGUGAUCCAGCCCAACCCGGAAAUACCCGUCAUCGCAGUUGCCAUUCCUGAAGUUCAAACUACAGACGCUAAGAUAAUUUCUUCAGACGUUUCUGAAAUUAAAACUGACGACGACUCAACACCCGACUUGACAAAGAAGUUAAUUGACGCCAAAAGUGACAGUGAUGACAAAACAACGAGUACAAUGACUGAAACGAAAAACGAGACCGACGCUACAGGAUCAGAAAGUAAAACACUUCAAACUCUUGCUAAACGAGAUCUCAAGGCUGCUGCAACUGGAUACGGUGGGAUUGGUGGCGGAUUUGGAGGAAUUGGAGGUCACGGUUUCGGUGGGGGGAUUGGACAUGGGGGUGGAUUCGGCGGAGGAAUUAGCCACGGGGGUGGAUUUGGUGGAAAUUACGGGGGACAAACUGGAUUUGGGGGUGGCAAAAAGAUUGCUCAAGGGAACAAAUAUGGAUCUGAUUUCGGUGGCAUCAACAAGCAAAUCAAACACGUCGAUGAUAAAUUUCAAAAGUCUCAACAUGCUACAAAGGGAUUUAAAGGAAAUCAAGGUUUUAAGGCUGACUCAGGGUAUUUGAAAAAUGAUGCUGGUCACGUCAACAAGGCCAACAAAAAGGGUCAUUUUGGCAGCUUGGGUCAUGUAUCUAAAGCAGCCAAGAAUGACGGGGCAGUGUUUGGCAAGAAUCAAUUUGCUACCAAAUUCGCCAAAGGAACUAGAUUUGGAGCCAAGGGUGCCCACAAGAAGGGUCACGCCACAAAAGGAUUCCACAAUACUCAUCACAAGGAUGAAUACAGCAAAAACCAUGCCUUCCAUGACGAGAAGAACGCUGUCGACUUCUUUGACAAAUUUGGCGAUGAAGGAGCUUUUAAGAAUGAUCUUGCCGGCAAACAGUUCUCAAAUGGCCAUCAUUCCAAUGUGUUCAACAAGAACAAUCAAGCCAAUGCCGGAGAUUUCAUUGCAGGCCAUCACAAUGUCGCAAACAAAGGGCAAAAUGCUCAAUUUGGAAAUAAGGGACAGGUUGGACAUAAUGCUCAGUACGGUCAAGCAGGUGGGAAUAACUUUGCUUCCGGUUUUGGAAAAGGUUUGCAUUCCAACAACCAAUAUGGUGGUCAUUUUGGUGGUGGUUUUGGAGGAAAACAAGGUGGUUUUGGUGGGGGUGGAGGAAAUCAUGGGGGUGGGUUCGGAGCUGGCUAUGGGGGCGGGAUAGGUCACGGUGGAGGCUUUGGACACGGUGGAAUUGGGGGAUUUGGCCGUUAAGAGAAACCUGGACCAAACCAUGUCGACGAACCUUGCCCACGGUUCAAAACCCCAUUAAUUAAUAUUACCCACAUAAAUAUUUAUCAUACGUUUAUUUUCGGGACUCUUUACUACUGUUGGUGAUGGAAUUUAAUAGCUUUUUAUAAAUCGAAAAAUAUAUAUAUACGGUUAAAAUAAAAUAUAGCAUGAACUGAAUAAAGAACAGAAAAGACGUAAUUUGCAUA